CCGGCCCCGCCCCGCGCGCGCGCCGCCCGUGCGAUCCCGGCUUAAGAGACCCCGGAGUGGGGCGCUCGCCCGCAGCCAGGCCGCGUCCGCCAUAGUACCCGGCUUGGAGGUGUCGCCGACGCCUGGUGAGGGCCCGGAGAGCGGCCGUGGGGCAAAACCAAAACCAAAACACAGAGAAGGGGAAGCCAGCGAAGCGCCCCCCGCCCCACGCCCCUCGCCUCCGCCCGCCGAUUUUCUUCGGCUUGUUGGCCGCGGUGCUGGGGCCGGAAGGCGACGAAGGAGAGCGAAAAGGCGAGAGCAAAACGUGGAGGAUCCGGCGAGAGAGGAAGCGUCCGGAGAGCCUCGGCGGUGUCCCCGGGGUCCGCCCGAGCCCACCCGGCCGCUGGCUGGGGCCCGGGGUGGUGAGGAAGCGCUUCGAGGCCUACUUGGGGCCUAGUACCGGCUUUGUGUCUGAGGCGGCGGGGGAGGCGGAGCCGAGCCGGGGGCGGCCCACGGGAAGGCCUCUUCUCCUCCGCCGACCGCGCGUUAUCGGGCCUAGGCCGCGGGGCCAGCCGCUCGAGGCCUCCGGGUGCUCAGCAGGCGCAAAACAAGGGGGCUUGGCGUGUCGUGUGGCGGGGAGCCUGGGCCUGGGGAAGCCGACGCCGGUCGUCCGGAAGCCGGGAGGAGGCGAGAGAGUCGCUCGUGGACUCCGGGCCUAGGGCCCCCUCUUCCCCUCUCGGCCUUCUCCCGGGGGCCUGGGUCACCCACCCUCCACCCUCCCCCCCAAAAAAAAAUUCCACGGAAGGAGAGACCAACCGGGAGGUGCGGCCGCGCUAUGGACCCCUGACCCCUCGGGGUCAUCCGGACUCUUUAAACGUUGUGGACUGACCGCUAUUGACUGCACCGCCUGACCCCCCAAAAAAGCCUCCCCCGUCUCCUGCCGGCCCUUAGCAUGAGCGAGGGGGACCCAGCCGGGUGACGCUGUGCCCGUUGGAGGAUUCUCGAUUUCUCCUUUCGCACCCCCCGCCCCCCCCCCCACGUCCUCGUCCUCCUCCCCACAUGAAGUGAUUUCUGAGUCUCAGGGUGUGUGCGGGGCGGGGGAUGUUCUGAAUUAUUGUUCUUACGAACCCCUGCUUGUGGCUUUGGUGGGGGAGGGGAGAAUUAUUUAAUCUGCUGAGGCCUUAGGGUCCUCCGUGUCUUUUGAGUGUUUUUUUUUUGUGUGUGUGUACCUAUUUUGCUCUUCAUUUGAUAAAUAUACAUAUAUUGAGAGUGUCCCACGUCUCCUCGCUGAACCUUAGGAACCCUUUGGCACCAUGUCGUGCGUGCAUUAUAAAUUUUCCUCUAAACUCAACUAUGAUACCGUCACCUUUGAUGGGCUGCACAUCUCCCUGUGCGACUUAAAGAAGCAGAUCAUGGGGAGAGAGAAGCUGAAAGCUGCCGACUGCGACCUGCAGAUCACCAACGCGCAGACGAAAGAAGAAUAUACUGAUGAUAAUGCUCUCAUUGCUAAGAAUUCAUCUGUAAUUGUAAGAAGGAUUCCUAUUGGAGGAGUUAAAUCUACAAGCAAGACAUAUGUCAUAAGUCGAACUGAGCCAGUCAUGGGGACUACGAAAGCAAUUGAUGACUCCUCUGCUUCUAUUACACUGGCCCAGCUUACAAAGACUGCCAAUCUGGCUGAAGCCAAUGCAUCUGAAGAAGAUAAAAUUAAAGCCAUGAUGUCGCAAUCUGGCCAUGAAUACGACCCAAUUAAUUACAUGAAGAAGCCUUUAGGCCCACCACCUCCAUCUUAUACUUGUUUCCGUUGUGGUAAACCCGGCCAUUACAUUAAGAAUUGUCCAACAAAUGGGGACAAGAACUUUGAAUCUGGUCCUAGGAUUAAAAAGAGCACUGGAAUUCCCAGAAGUUUUAUGAUGGAAGUAAAAGAUCCUAACAUGAAAGGUGCAAUGCUUACCAACACUGGAAAAUAUGCAAUACCAACUAUAGAUGCUGGGAGACUCCUCUUUCACAAAUUGGGAACAAUGGGGCAUAAGCAAAUUGAUACUUAUUUCUGGAAUCGUGGUGAUGUCUAUGGAGCACCUGCAACACAAAUAACACACCUAAGAGAGGCAUAUGCCAUUGGGAAGAAGGAAAAGCCACCAUUUUUACCAGAGGAGCCAUCUUCUUCAUCAGAAGAAGAUGACCCCAUCCCAGAUGAAUUGUUGUGUCUCAUCUGCAAAGACAUUAUGACUGAUGCCGUUGUCAUUCCCUGCUGUGGAAACAGUUACUGUGAUGAAUGUAUAAGAACAGCACUUUUGGAAUCAGAAGAGCACACAUGUCCAACGUGUCAUCAAAAUGAUGUCUCUCCUGAUGCGUUAAUUGCCAAUAAAUUUUUACGACAGGCUGUUAAUAACUUCAAAAAUGAAACCGGUUAUACAAAGAGACUACGGAAACAGUUACCUCCAGCUCCUCCGCCAAUACCACCUCCAAGACCACUCCUUCAGCGCAGCCUGCAGCCUCUGAUGAGGUCUCCCCUAUCGAGACAGCAAGACCCUCUCAUGCUCCCAGUCACGUCUUCAUCAGCUCAUCCAGCUGCCUCUAUGUCAUUGACUUCCAAUCAGUCCUCCUUGGCCCCCCCGGUGCCUGGAAAUCCAUCCUCCGGCCCAGCUCCUGUACCUGAUAUAACUGCAACUGUGUCUAUAUCUGUCCAUUCAGAAAAAGCAGAUGGACCUUUUCGGGAUUCUGAUAAUAAGAUGUUGCCAGCUGCAGCACUGGCAUCAGAGCACUCAAAGGGAACAUCCUCAAUUGCGAUUUCUGCUCUUAUGGAAGAGAAGGGGUACCAGGUACCUGUACUUGGAGCCCCAUCUUUGCUUGGGCAGUCAUUACUACAUGGACAGUUGAUCCCCACAACUAGUCCAGUGAGAAUAAAUGCUGCUCGUCCAGGUGCUGGUCGGCCAGGAUGGGAACAUUCCAACAAGCUUGGAUAUCUGGUUUCUCCACCACAGCAAAUUAGAAGGGGGGAGAGAAGCUGCUACAGAAGUAUAAACCGUGGGCGACACCACAGCGAAAGAUCACAGAGGACCCAAGGCCCAUCACUUCCAGCAACUCCAGUCUUUGUACCUGUUCCUCCACCUCCUUUGUAUCCACCUCCACCCCAUACGCUUCCUCUCCCUCCAGGUGUUCCUCCUCCACAGUUCUCUCCUCAGUUUCCUCCUGGCCAGCCACCCCCUGCCGGGUAUAGUGUCCCUCCGCCAGGGUUUCCUCCGGCUCCUGCCAAUUUAUCAACACCUUGGGUAUCAUCAGGAGUGCAGACAGCUCAUUCCAAUGCCAUCCCAACAACACAGGCACCCCCGUUGUCCAGGGAAGAAUUCUAUAGAGAGCAACGACGACUGAAAGAAGAGGAAAAGAAAAAGUCCAAGCUAGAUGAGUUUACAAAUGAUUUUGCUAAGGAAUUGAUGGAAUACAAAAAGAUUCAAAAGGAGCGUAGGCGCUCAUUUUCCAGGUCUAAAUCACCCUAUAGUGGUUCGUCGUAUUCAAGAAGCUCAUACACGUACUCUAAGUCAAGAUCGGGUUCAACACGUUCACGCUCUUAUUCUCGAUCAUUCAGCCGCUCACAUUCUCGUUCUUAUUCACGAUCACCUCCAUAUCCCAGAAGAGGGAGAGGGAAGAGUCGAAAUUACCGUUCACGGUCCAGAUCUCAUGGAUAUCAUCGAUCUAGGUCAAGGUCACCCCCGUAUAGACGCUACCAUUCACGAUCGAGAUCUCCUCAGGCAUUUAGGGCACAGUCUCCCAGUAAGCGUACUGUACCUCCAGGGGAGACAGAACGUGAAUAUUUUAAUAGAUUCAGAGAAAUACCUCCACCAUAUGACAUGAAAGCGUAUUACGGGAGGAGUGUUGAUUUUAGAGAUCAGUAUGAAAAAGAUCGUUACCGAGAAUGGGAGAGAAAAUACAGAGAGUGGUAUGAAAAAUACUAUAAAGGUUAUGCUGCUGGAGCCCAGCCCAGGCCCUCAGCAAACAGAGAGAACUUCUCUCCAGAGAGGUUUUUACCACUUAAUAUCAGGAAUUCUCCUUUCACUAGAGGCCGCAGAGAAGAUUAUGUUAGUGGACAAACUCACAGAGGUCGGAAUAUAGGUGGCAACUAUCCAGAAAAACUCUCAGCAAGAGACAGCCACAAUCAGAAGGACAGUACAAAGUCAAAAGAAAAAGAGAGUGACAAUGUUGCAGGAGAUGGUAAAGGAAAUAAGCAUAAAAAACAUAGAAAAAGAAGAAAAGGGGAAGAAAGUGAAGGCUUUCUGAACCCAGAGUUAUUAGAGACUUCUAGGAAAUCAAGAGAACCUGCAAGUGUUGAAGAAAAUAAAACAGACUCAUUGUUUGUUCUCCCAAGUAGAGACGAUGCCACGCCAGUUAGAGAUGAACCGAUGGAUGCAGACUCUAUCACUUUUAAAUCGGUGUCUGAGAAAGAGAAGCGAGAAAAAGAUAAACCGAAAUCAAAAGGGGACAAGACCAAACGGAAAAAUGAUGGAUCUGCUGCACCUAAAAAAGAAAAUGCUACUAAGCCUUCUAAAGGAGCUCAGGAAAAACUAGAUGGAGAACGGGAAAAAUCUCCUCGAUCUGAGCCGCCACCUAAAAAAGCCAAAGAGGAGACUCCGAAGACAGAGGUUGCUAAAUCCUCCUCAUCCUCUCAGAAGGACGACAAGGUCAGUGGCACUCCCAGAAAAGCGCACUCGAAACCUGCGAAAGAACACCAAGAAACAAAGUCAGUCAAAGAGGAAAAGGCGAAGAAGGAUUAUUCCAAAGAUGUCAAAUCAGAAAAACUAACUAAUAAGGAAGAAAAGGCCAAAAAGCCUAGUGAGAAGAAUAAACUGCUUGAUAGCAAGGGAGAAAAAAGAAAAAGAAAAACUGAAGAAAAAGGGAUAGAUAAAGAUUUUGAGUCAUCUUCAGUAAAAAUCUCCAAACUAGAAGCUUCAACAGAGAUACUGAAACCAUCACCAAAACGCAAAAUGGAGUCUGAUAGUGAAAAACUGGAUAGGACUCCUGAAAAAGACAAAGCUUCAUCAACAGCCCCUGCCAAAAAAAUCAAGCUCAACAGAGAGACUGGGAAAAAAAUUGGAAGUACAGAAAAUCCAUCUAGCACUAAAGAAUCCUCUGAAAAGUUGGAGUCAACAUCGAGCAAAAUUAAGCAGGAAAAGGUGAAAGGAAAGGCCAAGCGAAAAGUAACUGGAAAUGAAGGAUCCGCUUCCACUCUUGUGGACUAUACCAGCACAAGCUCAACCGGAGGCAGUCCUGUGCGUAAGUCUGAAGAAAAGACGGACACCAAACGAACUGUCAUUAAAACUAUGGAAGAAUACAACAAUGACAACACAGCUCCUGCAGAAGAUGUCAUCAUCAUGAUCCAGGUGCCUCAGUCCAAAUGGGAUAAAGACGACUUUGAGUCUGAGGAAGAAGAUGUUAGAUCUGCACAGCCCAUAUCAACUGUAGGAAAACCUGCCAGUGUCAUCAAAAAUGUUAGUAAUAAACCAUCAAACACAGUCAAAUAUCCUGAGAAGGACAGUGAACCAUCAGAAAAAAUCCAGAAACUUACCAAGGAAGUUAGCCAUGACAUUCUAAGUCAUGAGGUCAAAAGUUCGAAAACUUGUGCAUCUGUAGCUAGUGAAAGAGGGAAAACCAAAGAUCGAGAUCAUUCAGUAUCAGAGAAGGAGAACCCUGAGAAGAGGAAGAAUAGCAUUCAGCCAGAAAAGGAGAGUAAUCCCGACCGGAUCAGUGAACAAGGAAGUUUUAAAAGUCUGUCCCAAUCUUCCAAAGAGACUCGACCUUCAGAUAAGCAUGAUUCCAUUCGUGGUUCAUCAAAUAAAGACUUCACUCCCAGCAGAGACAAAAAAGCUGACUAUGACAGCAGAGAAUAUUCAAGUUCCAAACGGAGAGAUGAAAAGAACGAGUUAACAAGGAGGAAAGACUCUCCUCCUCGUAAUAAAGACUCUUCAUCUGGUCAGAAAAGUAAGCCAAGGGAGGAAAAAGAUUUGUCUAAAAAAGGAACGGUAGAGUCUAAAAAAAGUAGUUCUAGUCCCUCGAGAGACAAAAAACCUCACGAUCACAAAGCCACUUAUGAUACUAAGCGAUCAAGUGAGGAGGCAAAAUCUGUGGACAAAAAUCCUUGUAAGGAUCGUGAGAAGCAUUUGUUAGAAGCAAGAAACAAUAAAGAGUCAAGUGGCAAUAAAUUGCUUUAUUUUUUUAACCCACAAGACACACAGAUUGAAAAAGAGCAAAUUACUGGGCAAAUUGACAAGAAUGCUGUCAAGCCCAAAACCCCAUUAAGUCAUUCCUCUAGACUUUCCUCUGACUUAACAAGAGAAACUGAUGAGGCUGCUUUUGAACCAGACUAUAAUGAAAGUGACAGCGAAAGUAAUGUGUCUGUGAAAGAAGAGGAAACUUCUGGAAACAUUUCCAAGGACCUGAAAGACAAAAUGAUGGAGAAAGCAAAAGAGAGCGUGGACACAGUAGCCGGCAGCCAAGCUGGGGUCUGCCGGAGCCGGAGCCAGAGCAGCCCCAGCGUGAGUCCAGGCACGAGUCAGACGAGAAGCCACAGCAGCAGUGCCAGCUCUGCAGAAAGCCAGGACAGCAAAAAGAAGAAGAAAAAGAAAGAGAAGAAGAAGCACAAGAAACACAAAAAACAUAAGAAGCAUAAGAAACACGCAGGCACUGAAGCAGAAUUGGAAAAAAGCCAAAAACACAAACACAAGAAAAAGAAGUCCAAGAAGAACAAAGAUAAAGAGAAGGAGAAGGAAAAGGAUGACCAAAAAGUGAAAUCUGUCGCUGUGUAAAAGGACAGAUUUUAAAAAUUGACUUAAUUACUAAGUCAUCUGUAUUAAAUUUUGUUAUAAUGUAAAGAGAUUGAAACCUUGUAAAUAAUGACAUGGAAGACCCUGUGCUGCACUUAAAAUAUUGCUGCUUGAUUAUUUGAUUUUUACAUCAGAGCUUUAUAACACGAACUUUUGUACAGAAAUGUGUGUUGUGACCAUGUAACAUGAGAGGUUUUGCUAGGGCCUAUUAUUUUUAACCACCAUUAAUUAGUUGAGGUGGAGUUUACUGUGAAAUUUUCACAUUUGAAUUUUUUUAAUUGCCUGGCAAAAGCUGAUACCAGUUCUAAAAUAUCAGCAGAAUGAUUUGCUGAAUUCAUUACAACCCCGUUAUGUCACUUUUUGAUUACAAUAAAAGUUUUCAGUAAACUUUUCA